UGACCAAAACUGUGGGGUUCAUUGUACUGGGUUUGUUGUUAUUUGUUGUUUACCUUUACAAAUUACGGUACAAAUUCUAACAAAAUAUGGUUCGAGAUGGUGUACUGUUACCUGCCCAGUCAGCAAAAUUUAUAAGUGAGCGUUCCCAUCACGUUCAAAUUCACCAAGAGGGCAUAGAAAAGAUAUGCGAGGAGAUUUUGUCAUCUCUAAAAGGCAACAAGCUGCAAAUACCUGAAACGAAUGCAAACAGCAUACACCCUGAUAAAGAUCAUGUGAAUGCAGUUGAUUGGGUGUGUGUUGCUGAUGCACUGAACUUCUGCUUCUGGUCCCGCAGUAAAGAAGAGCAGUGGACUGUGGAUGGGUAUACCGGCUACUUUGCAUUAGAGGCAGCUUUACACAGGGCAAUAAAGGAGGGCUACGAUAUUACAAAUCCUGAAUACUAUUCGAAAAUAAACAAGGCUGAAGUGAAUCAUAUAUUCAGAGGGGAUACAGACGCGGAAAUUCCUCUCCUCGAUCAAAGAAUAUCUGUUUUACACGAAGUCGGUGCAAUACUGAUAGAAAAAUAUGACAAAACGUUUGAAACGUGUGUCAAACAAGCUAAUAAGUGUGCCAUAAAGUUGUUGGACAUUGUUGUGGAUAACUUUCCAUGUUUCCGCGAUGAAGCUGUCUACCGAGGAUGCAGAGUGUCUUUUUAUAAAAGAGCACAGAUUUUAGUUGCUGAUUUAUGGAAUUUCCUCGAAAAUAAAGGAUGGGGAGAGUUUCAAGAUAUUGAUAGGUUGACAAUGUUCGCUGAUUACAGAGUGCCACAGGUUCUUGUUUAUUUCGGCGCUAUGAGCUAUAAUGAUGAACUGAUGGAGAAAUUGAAAAAGGAUGAACUUCUAACCAGUGGGUCUCCAGAAGAGGUCGAAAUCCGAGGCUGUUCCAUCCACACUAUAGAACUACUAAAGAAAAGGUUACAAGAUAUCAUAAGCAGAGACAAGUUAAAUGUAGAGGUUCCAAAUUCGAGUCUUUUAGACUAUUAUCUAUGGUGCUACAGGAGAAAACAUGCAGUUGAAAUGGAAAAGAUCCCGUACCACAAAACUUUGGGCAUUUAUUAUUGACACUGGUUUAAGAUGUAGCCUGAUUAUUUUUGAAUAAAGUAAUAUAUAUGUUACAUAAA